UGGAUUCGGAGUCACUUCAGCUUUAUGCUUCGCGUUGGCCAUAUCUUUCUGUUUCAGUUUCAUAAUUGUCUCGGCCAGCAGAGGUUUUUAAUGAUUUCGCUCGGAAUAUGUUUUAAUCAGAUCAUUGCAUUGUCGUUUUUGAAUCGAAUUACCUCCUGAAUAAGUGUUAAAAAAAUGCAUUUUUAGUGUAUGCACAUAUAUACCUAUGUGGCAAGUUAGUGGCGAACAUAAAAAAAUAUGAGUUACCAUUAAAAAAGAAACCCACACCCAAACAAAGUAUUUUAUUGAAUUUUUCUAAGCUUUUCACCUGUACAGUUUUAAAAACAUGUUGCGCUACCUGCUAAUACUUUGCGCCCUAAGAAGCGCUACUUGCGGUGAUACCGAGUUACUCACUCAAACUGUUUAUGGAUUUUUGGAUUUUACAACUACUAUUGGGAAUACUGUUAUGGUGUUCUCACCCCAAAGUUCUCCAGCCUUUGAACUAAAGUCCAACAAUACUCACGAGAUAAUAAAUAUUAUUGAAACUAAACCGAAAGUAACUAAGAAAGAAAAAGAGAAGGUCGGAAUUAAGCCAACGCCUCUAAUUGUGACUCACUCGAAUGUUAAUGCCGAAACUAAAGCAUCCCAGAUAGAAUCCUACAAUAUAAGUCUCUCGAACUCGCCCAUCCAAACACUUCUGAACACCCCCGAAUAUGAUUUACUAUCUCGCCAGCCCGAACAGUUUGCAGAAGAAACUUAUCGCUUGGUCAACUUCAAAUCGAAAAACGAAGCCGACCGGCAGAGGAUAUAUCAAUCGAAAAAGGAACCUAUUCAUGGGUAUCAAACAAGAUCAAGUGAAUACAAAAGUAUUGUAACGGCGACUAAGGAAUCUGCCAAAUUCUCAAAAGUCUCUCAGGUCCAUGCAGUUUCGAGCGUUGAGAAAAAGAGUAAGCCCCGACAGACGCGUAUAAACAAGCCAGUUACGGCCUCAAUUCAACCAAGUAGAACUGUAAAGGAGUCAUCUUCUCAGACCCAGUUAUCCAGUAAACCACCACGCAAAAGCCAACAAAGUGGUCGCGAUAAUAGAGGAUCAUCGAGCACCAGAAAGUCUUCUCGACCCAAGGGAAAGAGGAGGAAUAAGCACACCCAAAGUUCCAAACUGGUAAUAACUCCAUCAGUAACUGAAACUACCUCUCGUCACUCAUAUCGGACGAAAGCAAAUGCGAAUGCUGUACAGGAAGAACCAGUGUCGGUUGUGAGCCCCAACUCAUUUAAGCUAAAUAGGCGUCCUGGAAGAUGGCAGUACAAGUCCUCGCCGAAGCCCAAAGUUAACAUUAGAAAGAACGCUAACCCCAAUCUUCCGACCACCAUCCAAAAUGAUACAACGCCAAGUAAUGAGAUCCCAGUGGAAAUCAUUACCAAUCAGGCUCUAAAUAAUGGAAGAGAUCUUGAGGCUUCUGGCUCUCAAAAUGGUCCUGUUGCAAAUAAUAAUAACGAUGAUCCCAACUCGAAGUACUUCGUGCAAACAUUGAACGUAGAAAUAUCGACACCACAACCUUUUAUUGACACUUACUAUGAAAUCGCCACCAUUAAAACCCCAUUUAUAUUCCAGGCCGGAGUGGUUAAGAAAACUCGUUUUUUGACCGUCACGUCAACCAUAGAGAAAGUAAUCCAAGAGGAGCACACUAAAGAGUAUUCCGAAGAUGAUGGUCCUUUGACAGAGAAUAUUUUAGAGGCUACUGCCAGCACCGAUGACAAAGCUUUAGCGGGUAGUGUUACUACCUUGAAACCCAUUUAUUUAGGAGAAGAGACGGAGACUCCCAGUUUGGAGACCAUCACGGAGUCCUUUUCCAUAACUCACACUAAGCUAAAAACACAGAUCCUUCCUAUUGUAUUUGAAAAAAGAAACGAAACGAUCCAUGUUACCCUGGUGCAAACGUACGAUUACACCAGCCUCAUCACAGUAACUCAGACAAUAUCCCCGUUGAGCGAGGACUUCAAUCCAUCGAAGAACUUUAAGGACUUUGAAGGAAGUUUGGACGAGGCCGGAUCGGAAAUAAACUUGGACCUUGAGUUCGGCGAUGAAGAUAAUACUGGCAAAUUUGACGCAAAAAUCAAACCCAAGAACAAAGUGGACGUUAAGAGUAACAUAACUAACCCGUUAGUCCCAUUAAUCCCGGAAUCGAUUAGCUUCCCCGAAACCCUGCAGAACAAUUUGAUAACCUCCACUCGUCCCGUUAUAAAACUAGAAACUAUUUGGGAGUCCCAUGUGGUUCCCCUAGUUAGAGGAACGGAAACCAUAAUGAGAACUCUUUCAAAGUCAGUUGGUGUUGUUGAAAAAACAGAAUACAUCACUGAUGUUGCUACCAUUUCCAUGCUAACUCCAUCCUCACAAUAUCCAUUCUCAAUCAACCCAUUCAACCCGUUCAAUCCAUUAUUGCCCAUUCCCCCGCAGCAGUUAAUCACGUCCACCGAAAUUCAGCAAUCGAUGGUAACGGAAACGAGCUCCAAAGUUUUGAAACUUACUUUUGGCGCAAGAACCGCCUAUACCACGAUCUUUUCCACUUCCGUCGUUCCAACAGCUGUUACCAGGCUAAUAACAGCUACCAUUCCCGGUCAACCCGGUCAAUCUUUCCCCAACUAUUAUCCGCCACCAUACAAUCCCUUUGCCUAUGUUGGUUAAUUUUAAACCCAUUAAACACAUUCUUUCUAAUUAGAAAUCCUGUAUUAUAUUUAAGUUUAUGUGCAAAUAUCGAAAGGCGGUGAUACAAAAGCAAUAGAUUUUAUUAGAUUGUAUAUGCACUUUGUCGCAAAAGUUGUUAAUGUAAAUAAUUUAAUUAAGACUAAAUUAGGAUUGCAUCGAAUUUUUUGGAUUUUAAGAUAAGCAAAAAAUGGUUGUAGUUUGGUUUAACUGCUGUUAAUAAAUUUUUGAACCUUUUUAUUCCCUUA